AGCCAUAUCUCAUUACCAUCCUCCUGAUAGUGCAGCCAGUGGGUGUUGCAAGAGGAGGAGGGAAAGAGAGCAAGACACUGAGCUUUAGAGAGAGAGAGGGAGAGAGGGGAAGAGGAGGAGGACAGGCAGAGAACCAGAGCGAGCGUUAUCGAGAGGGACAACACUCAGCAACACAACAAGAGAUCCGCAUGGGAACAGCAGCUCACUGGAAAAGCAGAGGCAUAAGAGAUAUAGAGGCAGGGUAGAGGAGGUGGUGUGCAAGACAUACGUGUCAGAGCCUGAGGAUCUGUAAGUGUGUGAGUGGGUGUGUGGGUGUGGGUGUGUGUGUGUGUGUGUGUGUGUGCGCGUGUGUGCUCUCCUGAGGCCGUGGCAGCCAUGGCGUCAGAGCCCAGCGCCCAGUCCAGGGUGAUGUUCCAGGCAAAGGACAAAACAGAGGAGCCGGCUCACCGCAAGCUGGGCAAGCUGACGGUCAAGUACAACCGCAAGGACCUGCAGAGGCGGCUGGAUAUUGAGGAGUGGAUCGACGGACAGCUGCACCUGCUGUUUGACUGCGAGGAGGAGGAGAUCCCGGAGUUAGAGAUCGACAUAGAUGAGCUCCUGGAGCUGACAGAUGAAGGCCAGAGAACCCGGCUGCAGGAGCUGUUGCAGGAAUGCGGGAAGCCAAAAGAGGAUUUUAUCAACGGCCUGCUCUACAGGAUAAAGGGUCUGCGUAAAAUGUCAGGUCCCUUGAAGAAAUAAUUUUAGGUCAAAUAAAUUAUUGAGACAGUGCGGGGCUUCUGUAUCUUCCCAUCAUCCGAAGAGGUUAACUGUUUAGACGGCAGUACGUGCGGUUCACGUUUGGGGAUCUCUUCCCGGGUCAGUAUCAGUCUGACACCAGAGCAGUUGGGUUUUGAAUAGAUUUUCUUUAUUAUUAUUAUUAUUUCACUUUCAUGUAUGGACUGCUAAAACAUUUUGUUUCCCAUUAACCAAUAAUGCACAUGAGAUAAAAGCUGUUAUGCCUAUUACUCAGACAGACUGGGUUUUUUUUGUGUAAGACUGUACAUUUUCAUUUGCCUAUUUAUGUACAUAAAUAUUUUUGUUCUGAUGACAGUGUUGUAAGUUAAAAUAAAAAUUGAACAUUUUCAAGACAA